AUGAAUUUGUGUGUCAACUCAAGGGGAGGUACAUGUUUUCUUUCAUCAAAAGACACCUCUAAAGAUUCUCACACGGGGGAGUACAUCUUCAAUUACAUUGACCAGUGGAUUGAAGAUAUAGGAGCUGCAAAGGUAGUGCAAGUGGUCACUGAUAAUGCUACAAACAACGUGGCAGCUGCAAAGAUGCUGAAACAAAAGAGACCAAAUAUAUUUUGGACAGGUUGUGCUGCACACACUAUAGAUCUGAUGCUCGAGGGAAUUUCUAAGCUUCCGGGAAUUGCAAAGAUAAUUGACCAAGCAAAGGCUGUUACGAUCUUUAUAUAUGCUCAUCAUACAACACUGUCCAUGAUGAGAACAUGUACAAAUAACAGAGAUAUCGUAAGACCAGGAGCAACAAGGUUUGCAACUUAUUUUUUGACUAUGCAAAGCCUAUACGACAAGAAGGCACAACUGAUGAGCAUGUUUGGCAGUGAUGAGUGGCAUAGUUGUAAGCAUUCUAAGUGUCUGAAGGGUAAGAAUACAUUUGACACGAUUAUGAGUCAUGGGUUUUGGAGUAGUGUGAAUGUUGUCUUGAAGAUCUUCAGCCCUCUGGUGAAGGUUCUAAGGCUGGCUGAUGGGGAGAAAGUACCUUCUCUUGGAUUCAUUUAUGGUGAGAUUAUCGAAGCUAAGAAUUCUAUCAAAGAAGCUUCAAAUCAUUUGGAGAAGAACUACCAACCUAUCUUUCGAAUCAUUGAAGAGAAAAUGAAAGAUAGGUUAGAUACUCCUUUGCAUGUGGCUGCCUACUUUCUCAAUCCAUAUUAUUUCUACAAAGAUCCAGAAAUUCAAAAAGACUAUGAAGUCAUGGAAGGAUUCAUAGCUUGUGUAGAGAAUUAUUAUCAUGGCGACUUUGAGAAGCAAAAUAGGGUUGUCAAUCAGGAGCUUAGUCUUUACAAGAGCAAAAGUGGCUCAUUUGGUAGAACUUCAGCACUCAAAGGAUGCGAGAUUAAAGAUGACAAGUUUGAUCCAGGGAACUGGUGGUCAACAUAUGGAUGUGGUACACCAACUCUUCAAAAAAUGGCUACAAGGAUCCUUGCUUUGACAUUCACACAAAAAAAGAGAAAUAGGCUAGAUGCCAAUCGCUUAAAUAGCUUAGUCUAUGUGCAAUUCAAUGCAAAGCUGUUUAAGAAGCAGAAAAAAAUCAGAGAGCAAAAUGCUGAUGUGAUAUUCGAUGAUGGUAAUGAAGAUACAGUGGAAGAAUGGCUUGUGGGCCGUGUACCAGACAUAGACAAUGAUCUUAAUUUGCUACUUGUAACCCAAGCUCCAAGGGUAAGAGAUUUAUAUGAUGAUGACUUUGAGUCUGAAGGAGAUGAGGAAUAUGUUGUGGACAUGGAUUUUGAACCAGAUGUAUAUCAAGAUGUUCCUCUCUCUCAUGAUUCAUAA